UUUCAAUUGUUUUGUAUAGAUGUUUUUCAUCGAGCAAAAUAUUUAAUCUACUAAAAGUCAAAAUUUUUUCAGCUAAUUCGUUUUUAUUUCCCUAAAAACAUUACGAGUAAUGAACACGUAUUGGAUUUGUUCUGAAUUUAUUCGCUAGAAUCAUUGUCAUCACUUUCACUUUUACACAAUUUGCUUCAUUAGUGGUUUUAGUGUGCAUACACUGUAUUGAGGUGCAGCCGCCAUGGAUGACACCAUGUCGACCCUAACGAAAAUGACUCGCACGGUUAAAAAACUGGAAGUUCCCAGACCCCUGAAGUCAACAACUAGUUCCGCACACAAUCGCAACUCAGUAUUGGACGUCAAAAUAAACUCCGCUGAUGACUUAAUAGUGUUGACUGAAGCUGUGGCUUAUCAAAUGAUGCAGGGAAAUUAUGACCGUGCUCUUCAAAGUAAUGUGGCCACUAUGUACUCUAACCUGAAGCUCUAUGGUGCCCAGCUUGAGAGCCUCUACAAAGAUUUUCUUGACAGAUAUUUUGUUGUUUUCCGCAAUGGCUCACAAGAUGAGCGCUUGGAUAAAAAGACACGCCUACAUCUUCUUGAGUUAAUUGAGCUGCGUGCUAAACUAUGGCAAGGUUCUGAUUACAUGAGUCAGUACUACAGGCACCGUGGUACACAUGCUGAGCCAUUACUAGUGCCUACUAUGGAGGGGUCGGGCACGGGCGGCUCGGUUUCUCCAACGCUGGCUGCGCCUGCUGAGCCGCCCACUCUUCUCGGCCCCGGUGAAGUCAUCAAGCCCUCUGGCAAGUUUCCCAAACCAACCAAGAUCCCAGGCAAGAAUUAUUCCAAGGAUGAAGUUGUCAUCAGGAAUGCUGAUUCUGGAAAAGUGAUGGGUAUCAAGGGCAGGAGGGUGCACAUGAUCGAGGAGCUAAGUGAUACGAUUAUAUCGUUUCAGCGAGUGAGUCCGGGUGCUAAAGAACGUCUAGUCCAAAUUACCGGGCCAAACGAAGAGAACGUGAACCACGCGAAGCACCUAAUCGGUGACACGAUACGGCGCAACGCGUCCCCGGUGCGGCUGGAGGGCGCGGAGGCUGCGCUGCGGGCCAGCCGCGCCUCGCUCGACUCCACCGGCUCCGACGACGCGCCGCGCGCCCGGGAGAAAUCCCCACACAACAAUUCACGGGCUCUUCUUCAUAGUUUCUCCACGAAUGACGCAGCGCUGGGAGAAUAUAAGUACACUGUGACUUUUGGACAACAUUCCAUCAAGAUCACAGGCAACAACUUGGAUCUUGUGAAGACUGCGAAGCUGGUGCUGGACGAGUACUUCGAGAGCGCGGGCGCGCUGGAGGCGCUGGGCGCGGGCUCGGGAGACUUCUUCACGCUGUCGCAGCGGCCCGGCGCCGCGCUGCUGCUGCGCGACGACGCCGCGCUCAACGGCGCCGACGACGACGUCUUCCUGCACCAGGACGCGGACGCCGCAGCGGCGGCCGACGGCGACGCCACGCCGCGCCGGCCGCGCUUCUCUCGCGCCGCCAGCACUGACAAGCACCAAGGCGGCGGCCCCGGCGCGCGGCAGACGUACACGUACGAGACGCUGGUGCAGUACGCCGACUCGCCGCUCAGCAAGCUGCCGCCGGCCGGGCUCGCCGGCUUCCCGCCCGAGCUCGCGCGCAAGAGUUGCCUGGAAUUCGACAGCGCCAGCUACUUGAAGAAGGUGCGCGCGGCAGCCGGCACAACCGUCGCAUCCGUAGAUGCACCCGAUUCACCUGAGCCUGAGUAAAUGGCAAACGCCCUCAUAUUUUAAUCACCGAUAACAUCGGACACCAGUUUUUUUUUAUAUCUUCCUAGACCUAGGAACUAGCACGCGAUUACCUUGUUAUUUAAAAAAAACACGGGCAUAAUUUGUUAAGAGUAGAUAUUACUAGAGGCUUCGAGAGCAGCUGUGGACACCUGGUGUCUACAUAUUGAUAGAAUAGCACCACUCAUUUUUCUUUAUUGUUCGUAAAGAACACUGAGAUGUCCUUAGUUUCCUUAAGUCACCGUCUCGUUUAUAACCGUCCGCUGUGCUUACAUGCACAAUUUCUCACUCACUAAUUUUAAUGGACUUACUAUAAAAGUAUUAGCACACCAAAAUAUUUAUUUUUGUAGUACCUAGCGGCAUAUCUCACUUUAUUAUAUUUAUGGCAAUUUAUUAUAUGGAUUUACUAUUAUAAUAAUCCACGUGAAGCAGUUUGCUAAUCUGUACUAUGGAAUUGCUAAAUCCAUAUAGUGCAACUUUUAUAUACAACCUGUAGGUAUAAUUUCCUUCUAAAGAAUUACCCUAAUGUCCAAUAUUCAAAUGUUACCUAUCUUAAAUCUACCUAAAUUGGAAUAGAAACCCUUUAAGUAUUUUUUUUCUAAGUAUAACUGUUAUUUAACUCAUUUACAAAUGCUAAAAAACAAAUAUCAGUUGAAACAAGUUUUACUUGCAGAAAACUAGUUUUAACCAAAUAUUAAAUACGAAUUACAACUUCGUUCUAUGGAGGAAAUAUUGAUUUAACAAGAUCUUUCUGGGAAAAAUAACAAGGGUUUUUACUGCAACCCUUUCAUUAACUAACGAAAUUAAAUAAAACUACUAUCUUAAUAAAUAAAAAUAUAUCUAAUGAUUACAUUUAAAUGGAAAUAUUAUAAUCAAUAUAUUAACGGAUUGCGUUUUGUACAUUGGAUAUUUUGGAUAAGUUCUAAUGAGGAAUUCUUGAUCUCCUAAAAAUAACUUCAAUUUAAAAUCUCGACAGUCGGGCAGCAGUAGGUUUAUUUAUAAUUAACUUAAAAAGUGUGUCAAACAUUUAUAUGAUUCUAUAUCAUAAUACUUACAGAAUUUUAAUACAAAGAAGUCAACAUAGCGACAUAAGUAGCACAAAUUAUACUAAAAGCAUAGUAAGUGUAGAAGCUUCGGGCAAAAACUUUAUGCUCGAUCGUCUUUCGACUCGAAUAUUUAUUUCAUUAUGCAGCUGUCCUCAUGUGAGGCCAUUGCUGUCUCCACUUAAAUUUUUAAGUGAUACAUUUAAUCGAAUACGCAAACGAAUAUAUAGUUCUGAUUUUUUAAUUUGUGUUGUAUAUAUUGACUUUUUGACGUUUCGGAUGUCAUAGAGUGAUUCCAUUUAUUUUAAGAAGAAUGCAUGCAUUUCUUUGUGUGUUUGUAUUACUCAUUUUCAGACUUUGUAUCUAGUGUCUAGUCCUGACGAAUGUGGCGAUUCUAAAUAUAUCAUAAGCUCUGCCACAAGAGAGCCUGUCAAUCAAUAUUACGUUUAAAUAUUCGUGUAGUUUAGAAAAAAAUGUUUAUUCUUUCAUAAAAUAAGAUGCAAGGAAUGUCAAAGUAUCACAAUUAUAAAUAUAUUCUAAGAGAAUCAAAACAUGAAAAUAUCUUAUUUAUAAACAAUAUAUUAUUUUGUGCGACGCCAAGCGAUUCAGCACCUUAAGAGUAAAAUAAACUACAAAUAGUUAUGUUUAAAAAAAUAUUAAUGCUCGUUAAAUUGGCCUAGCCGUUUGCUCCAAAGAACAAAUGGAUAUAAAAUAAUGUAAUAUUAUUAUUUAAGUACUUGUUGUAUUAUUAGAGCUUUUAAAUAAACACGCUGUGCACUAAACCAAAUAAUUUUGUGAAUUGUUAUAAUCUAUUUAAAAAUAUAGUAUACUAACAAUAGUAGGUACUGUAAUAUUAUUGUUGUGAGGUGAUUGCCAGGCUUUCUCUGAUAAUCUUCUAAAUCUACAAAGGAGGCUGCCUUUUAUAUAAUUAUAUUUAGUUAUUGAUUUCAUCGAAUAGAAGUUGAUGCGGUAAGAAAGACUGUUCACGGUACUAUUGCAACCUCAUUUGUUUGAAUUCGGUACCUGCUGCAUAUGUUUUAUCACUCACUUCGCGCUCCUACAUGCAUUAUUGUUGAGACGUGUCUAUAUUAUUUCGUCGUAUACUCGAAGACUACUAUUUAAAUACCUAUAUAAUCUUCGUAAUGGUGUAGUUAUACGAUUACGCCGUUUUAUAUUAGAAGAAUUGAGGACCGUAAUGCUGUUGGUUUACUUUUUAUAAUUUAGAUCCCCCAAAUCAGAGCAAAGCAGUAGUGAGUGAUAUUACAUAUCAUCUAUAUAGAUUUAUCAAAUUCUUUACUCGGUGCUUAUUACUUUGGAAGAGUAUUAUCGUUGAACUUGUAAUAGUUUUAUGUUUACAUUUUUGUUUUUAUAUCAAAUAAAUAAUAUUAAGAAUAUGUACUAUUGAAAAAUCGAUGAUAUACUAAAUUUUCUAAUA